AUGGAGCCUUUUGACGAAGCAUUGGAUAGACGUAUAUGGUCUCUAGCUGACACUAGACUACAAUGGCACAAGCGAAUAGCAGAAACGCGUCGAACUGUUCCAGUGGAAAUUGAAUCUACUGUCUCAGCACUGCUUGAGCGUCACAGAGAACUCGAUGCGAUUCUUCUACCUGUGGGAUCUGAAGAUCUAUCGGAAGAAGAUACUACCACGGAUGACGAUGUUAAUCAUCGCGUAGAGCACUGUUUACAAAACACAUCUGCGUUGGCCAAUGAACUGGACCAAACAAUUUCUCAGCAACAGGAACGAGGAGAACGAGUGACGGUGAUUGCGAAAGAAGUGAAAUCCCUAAAGCCAUGA